CGAAAUUGAGGGUUUAGCCGUCAGCUCUGGAAGUGGUUGUGUGAGAGAGAGAGAUGGGUAGGAGGAUACUGAACGAUGCGUUGAGGUCAAUAGUGAAUGCGGAGAAGAGAGGCAAAGCGUCGGUGGAACUGAAACCAAUCUCCACCGUUAUAUCUUCCUUUCUUAAUAUCAUGAAAAAUCAAGGAUACAUAAAGAAUUUCGAGGUCCAUGAUCCUCAUAGAGUGGGGAGGAUAACGGUUGAACUGCAAGGCAGGGUAAAUGAUUGUCGGGCACUCACUUACAGGCAGGACAUCAAAGCAAAGGAUAUCGAAAAAUACAAAACAGUUAAACUUCCAACACGACAGUGGGGUUAUGUCGUGAUUUCAACUCCAGAUGGUGUUUUGGAUCAUGAAGAAGCUAUUAGAAGGAAUGUUGGUGGGCAGGUUCUGGGUUAUUUUCAUUAGAUUCGUUUAUCUUUUUUAUCACUGUCUGAUGUGAAAUGGAGAAGGGUGGUUCUUUAAGCACUGCUU